AUGGCUCCUCCUCCAGCUCCAGGUGUUUGGUGCCCCGCAGUAACUUUCUACACCCCCGAAAGCGACACCGCAACCUUGGAUCUCGCGGCACAAAAGCAAUACUUCACAUACCUCUCUAAAUCAGGUCUCACUGGUCUAGUCAUUCUUGGAUCGAAUGCGGAGGCAUUCCAGCUUACUCGCGAAGAGAAGAAAGCAUUGAUUAAAUGUGCCCGUGAAGCUGUUGGCCCCGACUACCCCCUCAUGGUGGGAAUCUCGAGCUUUUCCGUACCACAGGUGAUGGAGAGUAUCAGCGAUGCCAUUGAAGCCGGAGCGAACUACGGGCUGCUGCUUCCAGCCGCAUACUAUGGACCUGCAACAUCCAAGGAGGUUGUCAUGGCCUUUUACAAUGAGGUUGCGCAGAAGUCUGAGUUACCCAUCGUUAUAUACAACUUUCCGGGUAUCUGUAAUGGGGUGGAUCUUGAUUCCGUCACGAUCGCUGCGCUUGCCAAACAAAACCCAGGGAAGAUCGUCGGUGUGAAGUUGACGUGUGGUAGCGUAGCAAAGAUCACAAGGCUGUGCGCUGAGUUGCCGAGCGAUACCUUUUCCACGUACGCUGGACAGGCGGAUUGGCUGGUUGCCGGCCUGGCAGUCGGAAGCGCAGGUUGCGUGUCAGCAUUCAGCAACGUCUUCCCGAAGGUCUGCUCGAAGGUCUACGAACUGUAUACCAGUGGCAAGACACAAGAAGCAUUAGAGUUACAUCGAAAGGCGGCACUGGCAGAAAGCCCGAUCAAGGCUGGUAUUGCUCCCACCAAGCACGCAGUAAGCCAAUACAGCGCGAAGGCAGCCGGCAUCCAGGGUGCAGAGGAGAGGCUCAACCCAAGGCGGCCAUACAUGCCUGUUGGUGAGGCGCUCAAGACAAAUGUAAAGAGUGCUAUGGAAGAGCUAGCUGCAAUAGAAAACAGCUUGUAG